AUGGCUCCUUCACGAGUUAAGAAGAUAUUACUACUCGAAAGUAUUGCGUUGAAAGUGAAUAGAAAAAAACUAAAACGAUCGUGGGUGCAUGAGAUUAAUAUAUGUAGGAAAUCGUUCGGAGAAUUCUAUCACCUCUAUCGAGAUGCCAGAAAAUAUCCAGAAAAAUUUUAUGAAUACUUGAGGAUGUCAAAGGAAUCUUUCGACCUUCUCCUAAGCCAUUUGGAUCCUUAUUUAUGUGGGAUUGGAACCAAUUUCCGUGAAAGGAUUUCAGCAGAACAACGUUUGGUUAUAACAUUGAGAUUUCUUGCUACUGGAGAAUCCUAUCGAUCCCUAGCUCUACACUUCAGAUUGGGGGUGGCAACAGUUUCAAAUAUUGUAAAUCAUACAUGCAUGGUAAUAUGGGAUACCAUGAAAAGUGAUUACCUACCAAAACCUACACAAGCAACGUGGCACAAUAAAUCACAACAAUAUUGGACCAAAUGGAAUUUUCCAAAUUGCAUAGGCAGUAUUGACGGCAAACAUAUUGAAGUUAAAUGUCCCUCCAAUACCGGAUCUCUAUACUAUAAUUAUAAGCAAUAUUUUUCAAUAUUACUUCAAGCCCUAGUUGAUGCUGACUGUAAAUUAAUUGCGGUUGAUAUUGGGAGUUUUGGACGCCAAAGCGAUGGAGGAAAUUUUAGGUCCUCGUCGCUUUUUCGAGCAUUAGACAGAAAAGAGCUUGACGUCCCACCUGAUCAAUGCUUACCACAAACAAAUAUAAAAGCCCCAUUGGUUAUAGUAGGCGAUGAAGCUUACCCUCUGCUUCCAUACCUAAUGAGGCCAUAUCCUAGAAGAAAUUUAGAUAAUUCAAAAGAAUUUUUAAUUAUCGUCUCUCCAGAGCCCGGCGAUGUGCUGAAUGCGCAUUUGGCAUAA